AUGGCACCCAUGGCACCCGCAAGCCAUGAUGAGCUGGAAGCCCAGCUCAAGGAGUCCAUCCAGUCCAUGUACAACAUCCUCGUCCAGACCACGGCCUACGACACAGCCGCCGCCUCCUCGGGCUCGUCCACCACCUCGCGGCCGUCGCGCGACGUCCUGGCCGCCGAGAUCAAGUCGCUGCAGCAAUCGCUCCAGGCGAUCCACCGCACCGCCACCACGCCGUCGCCCGAGCAGAGCCUGCCGCACGUCCCGCCCGAGCUGAUCCAGUACGUCGAAAACGGCCGCAACCCCGACAUUUACACGCGCGAGUUUGUCGAGCUGGUCCGUAGGGGGAACCAGCUCAUGAAGGGCAAGCAGGUCGCGUUUCGCGGGUUUCGCGACAUCCUGGCCGACGAGAUUUCAAAGGCCAUGCCCGAGCUCCACGAGGACGCCCGUCGUGUGGUCAAGGCUACGGAUUUCCCGUCUUCUUCCUAG